AUGGCACAGACAAGUGGAAGUAAAAUCUAUAAUCCAUGGAAAAAUGUGAAAACUAUAAAAAAAUGUGAUGCUGAUUUGCUAUUUUGCCAUGAUUUAAGCAAAAGUAUAGAACACAAAUUUGUUUUUUUUGCACUGAAUUUAUUAUGUGUAAGUAAAAAAUAUGAAUUGGUAUUUAUAAUGUAUGGGCAGUAUAUCUAUGUGUAUGAAUUAAAAAGUUUUAUGGAAAAUAAUGUAUACAAUAACUAUAAGUAUGAUAAGGAUAUAAAUGAUGUAAUAACAAAUUUUCAGAAGCAAGAAAUAAGUAAAAAUAACAACAGUUUUAAAAAUUUAAACAAAAUAAAAUAUGUGCAUGAGGAAGUAAAAAAAGACUUAAAUUUGAAAUCGAUGCAUAUACCUACUCCUUCACUUAUUUUGUCACCACAUAUGUAUUCAAAAGGAUAUGUGAAUAUUAAAUGUGAAGAAAAAGAUAACACAGAAAAAUGUGUCUUAGUAUCUGUGGGAUGGUCAGAAGACACAAAUAUUUAUUAUGUAGAAAAAAUUGUUGAAUGUAUAAAUAUUAAAAAGAAAUUAAAGCUUAUAUUAGAGAAAAAGUUGCAAGAUUCGAAAAGGUAUGAAGAAAAGGUAACUAAUGAACAGACAUACUACUACAAUGCACACACCCCACAUGACAAAUCGUUUUUUCAAAACUCAUUUAUUGAUUCCUACAAUUUUUUAAAUAAAUUAAAAAUUGAUGAAAAUGAACUUAUUUUAAACUUAAUGCACAAUAAUCGACAUGCAAAUAAUUAUACGAAAGAAUUUUUAGAUUUAUUCAAAUUGUCCAAACAUAUUAACAAUUUUGAUCACAUAAAAAAUAAGAUCAAGAAAAGAAGAAAUUUACGUCUUUAUAGAAUGUACCUAGAAAAAGAGAAAAAACAAAAAACAAAAAAAAUCCUCUCCAAUGACAGGACAUUUAAUAAACAUGUAAAAAAGAUUAAACAAAAAAAUUCCAUUUUAAAAACGAAGAAAACAAAUGAUUAUAAAAAAAAUUCCCAUCAAAAAUGGUUAUACGAAAGAGAAGCAAAGGGGCGGAGUCUAGCAUUAUAUCAAGAAAAUACUUAUAAAAAAGUGUUACGUGGAAUGAAAUACAAAUGCUUAUUAAGACAAACAAAGGAUGUGUUUAAAAAUAUGCAUAGUAGUGACAUGAAUCAGGAGAGAUAUGGAAAUUUAAAAGCAUACAAGCAUGUGAGAAAAAACAAAUUUAAAAUUAGCGAAAUUUAUAGUAGUCUUGAAAGUGCAGAAGAGGAUGAAGAAGAUAUGGAAGGAAGAAGAGAAGAAGGAAAAUUGUGUCCAAAUGAUAAUCCUGAGAUGAAGAAAAAAAAUUGUGAAAAAAAAUUUAAAAAAAAUCAUGAUGUAAAUUAUUUACUAGGGGAUGAUGCAAAAGAAAUGGAAGAAAUUAACUUUUACAAAAGAAUGAGGAAUAAUAUCUAUAUGGGUUAUAACUUAAGAAACAAUCAUAUGGAUCUAAAUCAGCAAAAUGAAUACAUUAAUGAUAUUAGACAAGAGACUGAAUUUGUGAACAUGUAUAUUAAAUCAUCCAGUGAUGAUGAGGACAGCAGAUAUAUACUUUCGAAAUACAGACAUUCCAAAAGCAUGCAAGAAAGAAGGAGCCCCAAAAUUUUCCUUGAUGAUGGUGAUUUAAUGAAAACUAUGAGAAAAGGGAAAAGAAUGGCGAAAAAGAUGAUAAAAAAGAAGAAGAAAAAAAAAAAAAAAAAAAAAAAAAGGAUAAAAGAUGAAGACAAUACGGAUUUACACACAAGUAGCAGUAGGGGAAGACAAAAAAGGGAUGUCUAUGAAAGAGGAUCUAUUAUAGUACGUGAAAAAGAAGAAAGAAUAAACUCUAACAAAGUUGAGAGAACCAAAAUAAGCAUUAAAAAAAAAAAAAAAAACAUCCCUGGAAAUAUGAAAAGAGAACAGCUAAAUCAGUUAAAUAAGCACAUGAAAAAGUAUAAUUUAUAUGUGGAUCGAUUAAAUAUAAUGCAACAGGAAAGGAAAAAAUUUGUUAAUUUCUGUAAAUUAUAUAUAAAACAUAAAUACUAUGAAGAAUAUAGCAAAAGGCUAGAGAAUUUUCUAGACCCAAGUGUUAAAAUAAAACAUAAUAAUAUUUGGAAACAUUUUAAUAUAUUUACAUUUAAUCUAUUUAAUGUAGACUACAAUGACAAAAUAUUAAGAUCUGCACAUGUAUAUGUGCAACCAGAUAUUGUGUUUAACAACAAAAAGUGUGUUAAUUCAGAUGCGUCCACUUGGGCCAUUUCAUUCAAUUUUUCCAAAAAUUUAUUAGCCGUGGGAUCUAAUACUCAUAAUAUAAAUAUUUACAACUUGAAUAAUUUUUAUUAUUUUAGGAGAAGAUAUAAUUAUGACGACGCAAUUAAGUUCUUUAAAAAUGUUUUUAUAAAGAGAAAAAUUAAGGUGAAUCAUUUGUUUGCGAAUGAUGACAAGGAUCCAUUUUAUUUCGAUAGCGUGGAUGAGACGUUCCAUGCGGAUGAAAAAAGGAAAAAAAGGAAAAGUGAAAUGGAUGAGAAAAGAAAAAUGAAAAAAGAAAAAAUUGUAGCAGGAAAAAUAGAACAAGGAGAAAAGAAACAAAAGAGGAAAAAAAAAAAUUCACCACUCCAUUUCUACAACAAAGAGAAAAUUUCUGAAGAAGUCGUAUAUUUAGACAUUUACGAGAAGGAUGAAGAAACCGAUUGUUCCAUCAAAAUAAAAAGUUUGAACAGAAAAAGGGAUGAAAAUAAUCGAUCCUUUAGUUGUUCUCCACCCAAAGCGAAGAAGCAGAAAAAGAAAAAUAACGCACUCAAUAAUGUAUGUAAUGAAUAUUUUUAUGAUAAUAAAUGUAUUACCACCACAAUGCACUUGUCAAAUUUAUCAUGUGAAGAAGAAUAUCAGAAAAUAGGUAAAUUAAUGAACGAAAAAGAGUUGAGAACAAAUUUUUAUUCAAACCACAAUGUCCCUCUUGAACAAGAGAAAAAACGUGCUUCUGAUAACCUUCAGAAUGGAGAUAUCGAAUUGAGAAAAAGGGAAAGGAACUACUAUCCAGAAGUUGAAAAUGAAAUAUUGAUAGAAAAAUCAAUUAAUUCAGAUCUUGAGAAUGGUAAUAUAUACGACUUAGAUAAUAGGGAAAAAUGUAACAACCAAGAUACUGAAAAAAUAUUAGACACUAACGUGCCUUAUGAUGCGCCACUUCAAAGCAGGAAAAAAGAUGUAGUAAAAAAAAAGAAUCAUAAAUAUGUAACAAAGAUUAGUACAGGAUAUCGUUCUUAUGAAUCCAAUUUGUACAAGGCAGUGACAUCCAUACUACUUAAUAAAAGUAACAUUCCAAUAGACAUAGUACAAUUUUUUCUUAAUAGAAAAGAAAAUCUGAAAAAUAUUUUGUUAACCAUAUCUUAUAACUUUCCCACUGACGCAAUUAUGUUAUUUUUAAAACAAGCAGGUAUAGGAAAUGAUAUUCAUCAGAUGAAAUGGAAUAUUCAUUACAGUAUAGAGCGAACCAUUCAUAAAAUGAAGAAAUUAUAUGCGAACAGAUUUUGUUCUAAGUAUUGUCUUAAUUUGAAAUUGCUUCACCCACAUAUGGUAAUAAUUAAUAACAAGAAAUAUUUGAAAAAUUGGUAUAUAAAAUUUCUACGUAGAAUAUAUAUGCCACUAAAAAGUGUUCCUAAUUUGUUUCAAAAUGAAAAAAUAAGAAAAAGGAGAAAAUCGAAUCUUUCGAAAGGUUGCCUAAGAGAAAUUCGUCAAAACUAUUUGGACAUUUUGAAAAACAAUAAAAUUGAUGAGGGAUGUUCAAAAUCUUAUCCAGUGAAUUAUGAACCCACUGAAGAUUCUUGCAGUGAAGAUAUGUCACAUGAGAAGCUGCCACGAGAAAAAUCGCCAUGCAAUAAUUCAUUGUAUGAUGGAUUCUCGAAUAAACACAUGCACAGAGAAGAUAUGGAGCUACUUAAUGAAGAUAUAUGCACAGAAUGCACAACCAGUGAUGGCGAAAUGGAUGUAGAAAACCUUGUUUAUAUUAAAAAGAAAAGGUAUAAUUUGUACAAAGUUGAAAAAAAGUAUGUGCUAUGUAAUACAUUCCGUAAGGAUACUCAAGAAAAAGUUAGAAGAACCAUGUACAAUAUUAAUUCAUUAAUGUGUAAUAAUAAAGUAAUCAUAUAUCAUAAGCAUUUGCAUAGCUACAAGAAAGCGAAUAAUGUAUUAAAAAAUAUAAUCACAAGAUUCAGAAAUUUUAUUAAAGAGAGACAUAAGGAUUUUAGUUUUUCCCACGCGAAGCAACUAAUUUCAAAUGAUGAUCACAUUUUUAUAGUUUUAUAUAAUAAAAGAAGUAAAGAAAAUUUCAAUUAUUAUGACGACAUUAUAGUGAAAGAUGUAGAAGAAUUAAAAACUAUCGUAAAGAGUAUACAAAGACAUGCAUUUCCGGAUUUGUUUUUAAAAUUCCAGGAUAUUGGAAGCAGAGAGAACAGUUUUGAAAUAGGUGAAUCAUCUCAAUUGAUGGAAAACUUUCAAAUGUUAGAAAAUCCACAGGAAAUCAACAAACAGAGGAAAAAUCAAAAAGCUGAAGUGGUAGUAGUAACCCCAUUAGAAAUGGACAAGAAAGGGAAAGAGGAAAAUUUUGACUUCUUUAAUCAAAAAAUACUAAUCGUAUGCGAAUUGAGAGAUCACAAUAACAACACAUUAGAUGUUAUGCACUUAACGAACGAUAAGAGGGAGAAGAAUCCAGAUAAUUUUUCCACUAAACCAAGGAGACAAUUAAAUGAAGAACUCAAUAACAAUUAUUUUUCCUUCUUUUUUGAUAAAGAUGACUUGGUAUAUGAUAAAAAACAAAAAAAAAAAAAAAAAAAAAAAAAAAAAAAAAAAAAGGAAAAAACGGCCAUGAACAGUUAUGAUAAAAUAGACAAGACUAAAAAAGUGAAAACGAAAAAACAAAAAAUGAAAAAAAAAAAAAAGUCUUUAAAAAAUAUUAUUGCAGGUAGAACGCAUAUGAAUGGAAUUUUAAAUUACACAUUUGAAAUGGAAAUGAAUGAUUUGUGCAGAAGUAGCACUGUCGCAGCAAAUAAAAAUGAAAAAAUAAGAAUGAAAAAUAUUAUCAAUAAUUUAUUACUAAAUUUGGAAACUGAAUCUGUAUCUGUAUCAGGAUCUAACACUUCUGAAUAUUCUGACAUAUUUGAAAGCAGUGUACAUAGUAGAGGAGCACCUUUUUCCUCAUAUAUAAAUAAUAGUGCAAGUAGCCAAAGUACAAAUAACUUUAACCGAUUUAUUAAUGAAGAUCUGUUAUCAAUAGCUAGAAAUAGAAUUAUAAGGAAUGGAUAUAAUUCAGAUGUAUCCAGUAGUGGACGCCUUUUUGCACGUGCAUUACAAAAUUUUAGAUUAAUGAGAAACAAUUAUUUACAUAAUGUGCGAAAUAAUGUUGGAGAAAAUCAAACAAAUGUACAUGGUAGCAGAAAUUUUCCAAACACAAGGGAUGAAUUUAUAAGUGAAAACACACAUAGAAUAGUAAAUAAUAUAGUAAAUGGUACUCAGAAUAUAUUAAACACUAAUAACGCUAUAGGAAAUUUCACCAAUAUGUCCACCCCAAUUGUCUUAAGUAGAGGUUAUUACAUGUCUAGAUCAGAUCUAAACAAUGUACCAAAUUUGCGUUACGAUGAAUAUUUAAGUGCUUUAAAUGGUCCACCAAUUGUAGAUAUUUCUCAAUUUAUAGCACAUCCGAAUCAAGGUUCUAUAUUAGCCAGAGGAUCCAAUUUGGGAGGCGCACAAAUGAGUACUACCACAGGGGAAAAUGCGAAUGUGUCAAGAAGCAGUAUUGGAGAAACAGGUUCUAGAGAUUCAUAUUCACGAAAUAACUCAUUCACAAGUAGAAUAGUUAAUAACAUUUUAGGUGCAAACCCAGAUAGAAUUGAUGCAAUACUUGACGGGUGGAGAUUUAGAAUAAACUCAAAUAAUUUAGAUAAUAUACAUUUAAGACCACAGGGAACUGUCCAUGCGAAUAAUAGUAAUCCAGCUUAUUUACAUAACAGUGAUAGUAGGAAUUCACAAAAUUCUCGAAUUUCUAAUGAAGCUAAUCAAGAAUGUGAAUAUGUUUUUCUGAACAUUGUAUAUAACAAUGUUUUAAAUGUGAGGGAACCUAAUAGAAAUAGCUUUCCCUCAUUAGAUGCAAGUAUAGGUAAUUGGACCACAAGUCUAAUGAAUAAUAAUUCUCAAGAUGUAACUUAUAAUAUAACUCAAGAAUAUAAUCCAAAUAGAGACUUGAAUACUAACUUUUUCCAUCAAAUAGGAAGAAGUGACUUGAAUUUUCCAUCCAUGAAUUCUAAUGUUAAAAACACGAAUAAACUGGAGAAUUUUAAAACUAAAAAAAAAAAGGAAAUUCAAAAAGGAAAAAUUCAAAAUAAAUGUUUUUAUGAAAUCCCCUUUAGCUUAAAAUCUGCAUGCACGAAUAAGAAAUAUGAUGCUACUCUUAAGUACAUAUAUACCUUAUCUAGGAGUGCCGAUGAAAUCAUGUUGAACUCUGAUUCUACGUCUGAAGUGUUUUUCGAUUUUGUUAUUAUUUGUGAAGGUUUGUAUGAGAAAAACAUCAGAGCUGCUAAGCAGCAGGAGUGUCCAGGGGGGGGGGAUGUUCGGUCCGAUAGUCAAGGUGCACUAACGGGAGAAUAUCAAUCGGAGCAGAUACACGAGGGAAUGGAAGAUGCAGAAGACGUAGGUGAGGAUGUGGCUGAGGAUGUGGCUGAGGAUGUGGUUGAAGAUGUGGCUGAGGAUGUGGUUGAAGAUGUGGCUGAGGAUGUGGUUGAAGAUGUGGCUGAGGAUGUGGUUGAAGAUGUGGCUGAGGAUGUGGUUGAAGAUGUGGCUGAAGAUGUGGCUGAAGAUGUGGCUGAAGAAGUGACGGAGGAAUUGGAGGUGGAUGUAGCCCAUCAAAUAGUAGAAGAAAUAUCGGAAGCUGUAACAGACGAAGUGGUGGAAGAUGUAACGGGGGAAGUGAUGGAGGACAUAACAGACGAGGUGGUAGAGGACAUAACAGACGAGGUGGUAGAGGACAUAACAGACGAAGUGGUGGAGGACCUAACAGACGAAGUGGUAGAGGACAUAACAGACGAAGUGGUGGAGGACCUAACAGACGAAGUGGUAGAGGACAUAACAGACGAAGUGGUGGAGGACCUAACAGACGAAGUGGUAGAGGACAUAACAGACGAAGUGGUGGAGGACAUAACAGACGAAGUGGUGGAAGAUGUAGCCGAUGGAGCACCACACGCCAUGCAUAUCAAUCUGGACUAUUUGAUGAAUAGCACAGAAGAUCCUCCAAACGAACAAUCAUUUGGGGAAAAUAUCAUUAGUAGUGCAAAUGACACUAAACGUAGACAUUCGUCGAAAGAACAUGAUAAUAUGAGACAAGUAAGUGAAAUAGGAAACUCUAGAAACAUGUGUCACAGGGCACUCAAUGGUAAUGGAGAGGAAUGUGUGGAGAAAGACAUUUUGAGAAAGGAAGAAAAGGAAGAUUCAAAAGAUGUGUCCUGUGAGAGUGAUGAUAAUGUAACAAAUUUAAAUAAAUACAUGAGUUGCUGUUCGACAUUAGAUUUUGAAGAAUCAUCGUAUUCAUCGCAUGACUUUUCAUCAAGCGAUACAAGCAGUGACUUUAACAAAAUAUCUCAAUCAUCUGAUGAUGAAUGUUCAGAAUGUGAAAACACAAAUCUGUGUUUUGAAGACAGCAAUAUAAUAGAUUUCAAUUCAGUUUAUCGAUUUCUGAAACACGAUUGUUCCAAAUUAUAUAUAAACAAUUGCAACAUUAGUUUAAAAAAGAAUAAAAAAGGAACGUUAUCAAAAUAUUAUUUAAAGAGAAAAUUUUCCACUUUGAAAAAUAAAAAUACAGCUAACGAUGAUACGAAUGUUGUUACUUUAAAUAUAAACGAUUUUGAAUAUAAUUCAGUUGACCACAGCAACAAGAUAAUGUCAGUUUCUUAUGACAUAGAGCAUUCAUUACAGCUAGCGCAAAAAGAUGUAAAUGAUAUCUUGCGCCUAGAGGGGAAGCAUAGGGGAAACAAAGCUAUUAUAAAAUCCAAGUGGUUACAUAAAAUUUUACUGCAGGAAAAUUAUUACUUGAAUGAUGAAAAGAUGCGUGAGUUGCAGACACGCUUGAAGGGAAGUAGAACAGAGGAAGGAGCAGAAGAAGCAGAAGUAGAAGCAGGCACAGAAGCAGGCGAAGGAAACGAAAUCAAUAUUAGACAAAGGAAAAUCCGGAAAAAUGUUGACUCAAGGGAUGAAAAAGAAAAUGAAAGAAAAAAAAAAUAUAUCCUACGUGACAAACCGACGAAAGAAGGUAUCAAUCGCUUGAAUGUAAUGAGAAGGGCACGGAAAGACCAUUUAGUUAAAAAUGGUCUAUUUCAGAAGGAUCACUUGUUUAACAACUUUUUAAGGUAUUAUUACUUCACUAUAGAAGAAGAGAGAAAAGAGAAAAAAAAAGAAAUUAAAAAUAUGGAAGAUGGCUAUACAAGGAGAAAAUACUAUGAUCAUAACAUUAGUUCUCUUGUACAUUACAAAUCAGAAGAAAUAAGAAAUAGUUUUUAUAAUAACAAGAAUGCUUCUUAUGUCUGUCAUAACGUGCCUGAAAAUGUUAUCCCGCAAAAAUUAUUGAAUAAAGCAAAAAAGAAGUAUUUAAAUGGAGAAAAAAAUCGAACAGAUGAAAUUUUAUGGACUUUUUCAAAUGUUACAUUUUAUUCAGCCGAUUGGUAUGAUAUUAUGUAUAAAUUAUUUUUCGAUUUAUCUUCGAGAUUUUGCGAAAUAAUUAUAAAAUAUCAUAAGCACAAUAUACCUUGUGUAAAAUUUUCACCAGAUGAUAAUUUUCUUUUGUCCUGUUCUGUUGAUAAAUCUAUUGUUCUUUGGAAUCCAUUCAAUGUAAAAAAUUACGACUUGCAUAGAAAUUAUAACAUAUAUGAUCAUAUAUUACCUCCGUGUAAAGAAAGGAAAAGCAUGGAGAGGCAUAGAAAUAUGAGUAUGCACCCCAAUAUGCACAUGUAUGAUGGAAAUAACAACACUACCAUCAACUUACUAACCAAUGUGACAGUAAAAAUAAACUAUGGAGGAAAAAAGAAUGUCUUUGAAAAACUGUACCAUGAAAGCAAAAUGUAUAAAACGAUGAAAGAAAAAGAAAUAAUAACAUGUAUGAAAAAAAAUAAUAUUUUAUGUAAACAUGAAUUAAAACAUAUGGGAUGGAGUUGUGAUUUUCUUUUAAAAAAGAAUGUCAGUAAAUGUGAUAUUUUUAUGGAUUUAUUUUAUAAAGAAAAUAUGAUUCAUGGUAGACCUAGUUUUAAUUAUUAUCAAUAUUUUCCUUUUAAAAAUCAAUCUAUAGAUAAUUUCUUUCCAAUUUUUGAAAAAUAUUCAUUUUUUCAAUUAUUUAAAUGUUCCCUUUUAAAUAUUAAUGAAACCCAAAUGGGAGUUAAUUUUAAGUCAUUCCUUACAUUCCUGUACAGAAUGAAUAUGAAAAGAACAGAAUGUUUACAAGAAAAUCACAUAAACACUAUUUUAGAAAUAAUUACUGAGAAAAAUUUUAAUACAAAAUAUUAUUCCCCAAAAAAAAUUAAACGUAUUUACUCAACCAUGAAAUAUGUCUGUAAGAAUUUGCUAAAACCAUACAUUGUAGUAUAUCCCUUGAAAUUCACAGAAAGAUCAGAUGGAUUGGAAAAUAUAAAAUUGACAAAGCAGCGUUUAUCUCAGGAUGUUUGUAUUUUAACAGACUAUGAAUUCGGUUAUUCUGCUUGUCACGAUGAUAAAAAAUGGAAUGUCGAUUAUCAUGACAAGAAUAAUAUAAACUAUACUUUAUCUAGUGCAAAUGAAAAGACUAUAUUGAACAAACGUUUUUCAUUCAAGAAAAAGAUACGAAAGAGAAAAAAACGGAAAGAAAGAUCAACUUUCAGUUUCCCUUAUCUUAGAAACCAAAAUCAUGACAGCUGGGAAUCAGAUAUCCAUUCUUCAUCGUCUUGCAGUGAAUCAGACAACCACAAUGAUAAGUACACGACUGCAGAUGAGCUGUCAGAUGAAGAUUACAUAAAAAAAAAUAAACAUGAAAAAUCCUUAUUUUUUAAAUAUAUUCGCAGAAUAAGAAAUGAUUUUAGUUUUUAUUUUUUGUCAGAAAAGAGAAAAAAUCGUGAAGAAAGUACCAAGAAAUGGAUUCCACUUUUUGAGAAAAUGAUUCAUCAGUAUGCAGAUAUGAACUUUUGUAAAGAUAUAUACCAUCAUGUCAAGCAAAAAGUCUUGACCGAGUGUAUCAGAAAAUUUGAGACAUUAAAGCCGAGGCUAUAUUUUAAUUUCCAUAUCACGGCAAAUUAUCAGGAAUCGAAAGUUUUGAGAGAAAUUCUGCAGAAUUAUGCUGUAUAUUUUGAGUCUAUAGAGGUGGAAAAUGGACACACACUUGUAGGAGUUAAUAACACAAAUAACAGAAGUGACAGCAACCAUAUUGAUCAAAUCAGUAGCGGAGGAAAAUGUUGUGAACAAAUGAAUAAGAAUUUUCAAUCCUAUUUAAAGUUAAUAAAAGAGGAAAGCAUACUAAACGAGAGCAAUGGGAUGAAGCAGAAUGGAAGAAGUCUCAUGAAGGAAGAUGAAGAAGAGGAGGAGGAGGAGGAACAAUGUGUGCAUACUCAUGAAACACAACCAAAAAAUGUGGGAUAUACAAUUAUACUGAAAAAUAAUAUCUCUAAUUUGCACAAUGUGAUAAAUAAUAUAAUAAACAUUUCACGUACUAACAAAAUUGUCAAUCAUGACAAAUACUUUCGGGAAAAUAACUUAUAUAAGAAUGACCAAAAGGGUAAUCACAUGAAUACAGGAAUGGCGAGCAAAAAGGAAAGAAGACAUGAAUAUAAUACUUCUCAUAAGAGUGACAAGAAGGACGAGGAUGAUUAUGUGGAGGAAGAAAAGAAAAACGCGAAAAAAACUCUUUAUGAGAAAUACUUGGAUGAUUUUGAAAAUGAGAACACAGAUGUGAGUUCCUCAGAUUCGCUAAACUCCGAUUCAGGUUACACUAGAGGGAAAAGGGUCAAAAGAGAUUGUGGUGAUUCUGAUUGUGACUCUGAAUAUGAUUCUUAUUGUGAUGAGAAAAAUGCGAACAAAAAUGAGGUGAUGGAAAAUAAAACGUUCAUUAAAAACAAAUGUCGAAUGAAGAACAGGAAUCUGAAGAACUUACUAAGGAGAGAGGACAGAAAGUAUAACAUAUGUUUUUUAAAAGCAAAUAAUGAUAACUAUAAGAUUAAGUAUUCUGAAAAUAUGAGCAUUUUGCAAAAUUUGUACAGGUAUUGUGGAAGAGGUUUACUCAUAGUGAAUGUAAAAUAUUUGAUGGAUGAAAUCUCUUGUUCUAUGGAUAAUAAUUUUGAAGAAGGAAAUCAAAAGGGAAGAAGAGACAAAAAUGAUAACAAUAUUCAAAAGUGGAAUGCUAAAAAGGGUUUGCCUGAAGGGGAACGUAAAAGUAUCAUAUUCCACACAGACAUACACAUUUGCAAGGAGAAGAAAAGACAAAAUAGGUUCACUAAAAAAGAAUCCGAAAAAGAAUUACAUUACAAAAGAACAAAAACAAUCAUUUUUAUCAUACGCGUUAAUCUAAGGGAGUUGAAAAAUUACUUAAUGAGAAAAAUAAUUUUUGAAGAAAAAUAUGUAAACAAUACAUUUUAUAUUAAUCUAAAAGUGGUAAAAAUAUUUUAUUUAAUUACAUUAAGGAAUUGUAAAAUAUUACAUAACUCCAAAAAUAUUUAUGAAAAUAAAGUAGAUGAUGGAAGUAAAAAAAUUAUAAAAUUAUAUUUUAACACAGAAACAUAUUCCUUCCUUACAUAUUUAACAAAAAAUUUAUUUAAAAAAAGAAAAAAACAUCCCAUAACACCUAAACGUAUAUUUAGAUACAUGGUAUGGAUAAGGAAUCAUAUUUUGAAUUCUAAUAAAUUCGAUUUUUCAGAAAAUUUAAUAGGAGAAAAUGAUGUAACACAAUCUGAUAUUCAUAUUUUGCGCACUUUAAAUAUAGGAAAUUUAGAAAAAAUAUCCCCCUUCAAAUUAUUUUACCUUCUUUUGCCGAAAUGGAAAAAAGACAUCCUUAUGCUGAAUAUAUCAAUGUUAAGAUUUUUGUAUUCUCAUAUAGGAAAUGGUUUGAAGAAAAGGAGUAAAUAUGGAAAAAACGAUCCAUGUGGUAGAAAUCAACAAUCGCCUCCAAAAAAAAAGACUUGCUCAUGUGUAAAUAUAAACAAAAAAAUGUUUGAUUCAUUCGUUAAUAAAGAAGAAAAAAAAUGGUUGAAUAAUUAUUUAGUAUUAUCGGCAGAUAAAUAUAAAUUAUACUUACUGAAAAUUAAGUUCACAAAAAUUACGAAGAAUUUUUUCUCUACAAAAUUUGUACCUAUAUUAGAGUUAAGCAAACCGAUAGAACCCAAAUUAUCCACCGUGUAUAAAUCAUCUCGGAUUAAUCUCUUGAAAAUUAUUUAUGAAAAAUCAUGUAUCAUAUUAGCAAAUCAAUACAGCAAUCUCAUAUUUAUUUAUUUUGCCCACAAAUGUGUAUACACAAAUUCGUAUUUCCUUUUUCCUUAUUUUACCAUUCCCCUUUAUACUGAACGUAUAGGAAGAUCUCUGAUACCGAAUUUCAGCAAAGACUUAUGUUUUGGAAACAAGAAAUUCCUUGUGAACAACGUAAAUUACAACUUACGAAAAAUCUUGUCUGAUAAUUGCAUGGAGAUGGAUGAAGAACUAAACUUUUUCAUUGCAGGUUUCGAUGUCAUGUAUGUAAAAGGAAAAAAGAAUAAUUUUGAAAUAACUAUCUUUGCAAUUUUGCUUACCAAUCUUAUAUUUUGUUAUAAAUUAAAUUUCCAGUAUUAUUAA